CAUUAUUCCCUACAAGGAGAUCCUCCAGAUGUAUUGGGAGAAAGCAACGAGCUUUGUGAACGCACUGUGCGAUGGACUUGAACCCUGGCAACUGGUUGGCUUGACUUUUUCUUCUACGCUUAUCAGUGUAUGGCUGCAUGGCUUCCUCUUCCAGCCCGAGAGUUUAACAUCCCGAAUUAAAAAACAGUUCUUUAAACUGCUGAGAAAAAUGCCAUUUGUUGGGGCUAUAAUCCAGAAGAAGAUUGAUGAAGCCUUGAAUGAUGUCACUUCCAAUUUAUCCUUCCUGAAAGAUGAAAAGGAUUAUAUCAAAGCCCUGCCGGAACAAGGCAUGAGCCAGUCUGAGGUUCUGGAGAAGAUGAAAGAAUACAGCUCCAAAGGAGACGUGCGUUGGCAGGAUGGGAAGGUCUCUGGGACUGUGUACAGCGGUGAGGAGAAACUCACCCGUCUGCUAGUGAAGGUGUAUGAAGAGUUUGCCUGGAGUAAUCCUCUCCAUCCGGAUAUAUUCCCUGGUUUGAGGAAGAUGGAAGCGGAAGUAGUGAGGAUUGCCUGUACGCUCUUCAACGGGGGCCCCAACUCUUGCGGUGCUAUGACAUCUGGGGGGACUGAGAGCAUUCUGAUGGCCUGCAAGGCGUACCGCGACCUGGCUUAUGAGAGGGGCAUCAAACACCCAGAAAUGUUGGUCCCGGUGAGCGCUCAUGCAGCCUUUGACAAGGCGGCACAUUACUUCGGGCUGAAGCUCAUUCACAUACCGCUGACCAAGGCCAUGGAAGUGGAUGUUCAGGCAAUGAGGAGAGCUAUCUCGAAGAACACAGCCAUGCUGGUCUGUUCUGCUCCUCAGUUCCCACAUGGAAUUAUGGACCCGAUUGAAGAGGUGGCAGAGCUUGCGCUGAACUACAAAAUUCCCUUCCACGUCGAUGCCUGCCUAGGUGGAUUUCUCAUUGCUUUCAUGGACAAGGCAGGAUUCCCUCUAAAGCAUCCCUUUGACUUCCGUGUAAAGGGCGUGACCAGCAUUUCUGCUGAUACCCACAAGUAUGGCUACGCUCCCAAGGGCUCCUCGGUGGUGCUGUACAGCGACAGGAAGUACAGGAGCUACCAGUUCUUUGUAGCACCCGACUGGCAAGGGGGCAUAUACGCGUCCCCCUCUGUGGCAGGCUCCAGGCCCGGUGGAAUCAUAGCUGCCUGCUGGGCAACUCUGUUGCACAUCGGGGAAUCGGGCUACGUUGAGGCUACGAAGAGGAUCAUUAAAACGGCUCGUUUCCUUGAAUCAGAGUUGAGAAAAAUUGACAGCAUCUUCAUUUUUGGGAAACCGGAGGUGUCUGUCCUCUCCAUUGGUUCGGAGAUUUUCGACAUUUAUCGAUUAUCUAAUCUCUUAGCUGCAAAAGGAUGGAACUUAAAUGUCCUACAGUUCCCAUCAAGCAUUCACCUCUGCAUUACGCAGUUGCACACGAAGCCCGGUGUUGCGGAGCAAUUCCUGAAGGAUGUCAAGGACAGCGUCGAGGAGAUCAUGAAGGACCUCAGUGCCAAGACCACAGGCUUGGGAGCCAUCUAUGGAAUGGCCCAGUCCGUCCCAGACAGGAGCUUGGUAGCGGAGAUUUCUCAGGCGUACUUGGACGGCCUCUACAGCACGGAUGUUCCUUGCAGUGAAAAGCAUAUGAACGGCUCUCCUGGCCACCACUGA